GCAGCUUGGCCACGCCCCCUCACGCUGCGCCGGGACCCGGCGGACCCCAGCAGCUGCGGUGGCGGCGGGAGCCCGGGAGGCGGAGGGCCGCGCGGAGACGCAGCACAGGCAGCGGCAGCAUGUCGGCCGGCGGAGCGCCAGUCCCGCCGCCCCCGAACCCUGCCGUGUCCUUCCCGGCACCCCGGAUCACCCUGCCCGCCGGCCCAGACAUCCUUCGUACCUAUUCCGGAGCUUUCGUCUGCCUGGAGAUUAUUUUUGGGGGCCUCGUCUGGAUUUUGGUGGCCUCCUCUAAUGUCCCUCUACCUCUCCUGCAAGGAUGGGUCAUGUUUGUGUCGGUGACAGCAUUUGUCUUUUCCCUUCUCUUCCUGGGAGUGUUCCUCUCUGGUAUGGUAACACAGAUUGAUGCCAACUGGAACUUCCUGGAUUUUGCUUACCAUUUUACAGUGUUCCUGUUUUACUUUGGAGCCUUUUUACUAGAAGCAGCAGCCACAUCCUUGCACAAUCUGCAUGUUUGCAAUGCAACCUCAGUUGAGCAUGAACUCCUGAAUGAAAAUCAGUAUAACAUAAAUGUAGCAGCAACUAUUUUUGCCUUUGUGACUACAGCUUGUUAUGGUUGCAGUUUGGGACUGGCUUUUAGAAGAUGGCGACCAUAACACUCCUUAGAAACUGUUUAUGUUAGUUUCACUUAUCUACUUUAUAUUGUAAUCUGAUCAGUUUGGAUAACAUUUUGUCCAAAUAUAACAACAUUACAAAAGUAACUUAUUUUGCAUAGAGAGGGAGAGAGAAUAUAAAUAUGAACUUUGGUUUAUUUUACAAAUGGAGUUGUAAUUGUAUUAUUAUGUUAAACAGAGAAAUGGUCUUUUAUUUUACAUAUGUUUUUUAAUCAUUUUAUUGGGGGGGUGGUUAGUAGUUUUCAGUAUAGUUUUAGCACAGAAAUCUGUUUUUCUCAUUUUAAAAGAAAACUUCUCUUAAUAUCCAUAAUAUACACAGAUACUUCUCAUGAAAAAAAGGUGUGUUUCUUUGUUUAGUUACUGAGACAUCUGAACCUAAAUUUCAACAGGUAGCUAAAAUUCUUUUUAAAAAGUAAAUUUCAAGUAGGCCUUUCACUAAGCUCCUUCAGUAUAAAGCUUGAAUUGGCACUCUCUUUUUUUUUUUAAUAAAGAUACACAUAGGCUCUGAAGGUCAUACAAUCUGUGUUACAGCUGUUCAAUGCUGCUGUUAUGAAAGAAGCCAUAGACAAAACAUAAAUAUAUGAGGCUAUGUCCUAAUAAAUCUUUAUUUACAAAAACAAGCUGCAGCCUAGAUUUCUCCUGCAUGCUAUUGUUUGCUGACUUCUGGCCUAAAACCUUAGUUGUAUGUUCAUAUUUUAUUGAACAGAUCCUGAAAAUUAUAAAACUAAUUAUAUAUGCCACAUAAUACUUCAUUUGAUGCAGUGAUCACGAUACCUUGGUGUUAAUCAUCAAAUACUUAACUUUGAAGAAACAUUUAGUUUUCAGUUAUGAAGGGGUGUGUAGUGUAGUGUUUCAAGCUGAUUCAAGCAAAACCUUCAGUAUAGCAGUUUAUGAAGUGAACUUCAGUUGUUUAAUCAAAAUAGUGGUCUUCUAACAAGUGAGCAAAGCUCCCACUCAGCAUCCUCAUAAUGAGAUCCUAUAAGACAAUCCUCAGAGACUGGCACCUAGCCGUUUCUUAUUUUGGGUUUAUUUAUGUUUUAGAGUAUAGGUGUUUGCCCUGUGCAUGAACAUAUUAAUAUUUAUAUUUGGAUUAUUUGAAGCUUUACCAAAUAGAGCUGAAGAAUCAGCCUUUCACCUCUAAUUAUCUCACAUUUUUUUACUACUUAAAAUUAAAUGGAAUGCUAAAUAUCAAUUAAAUGUGUGGAUUCUAAUAUGUUUUGAUAAUGACAUGGCAAUUAGGUUGUUUUCCACUGGUGAUGGGUACACAAAAUUAGAUGUAAAACUGUAUCUAUCACAAAAACUCUCUUUGACCAAAUAGCACAGAAACAGUAGUGGUUUAAUUUACCUGUAGAGACACUGGUCAUUAAAAUGUGCCAAAAGGGCUUGAAUGGAGAAACCGAGUUAAAGUUAGCUCCCAAUACCCACUGCUCUUUGCAAACUGGGUACUUGGAUCUUGUCUCCCAGAAGGUUACCUCUGGGAAAAGAGGACUUUCUGAUUGCUCUGUACUUUUGACCCUUUGCUUUUUUUGCCAUAUCUAAGUUGGGCUAUUCGAUUUCAGGGAACCAUAGAGCAAUAAUGAAUUGGAAGCAUAAUCAGAGCUCUGUGAUCAAAUGCUACUGAUGUAAUAACCUCCUAGAAAUAACUUUAUUAGAGUCUAGUUAGUGAUAUCAUUAUGAAGUUAACAAACAUGUUUCAGUAUGUGACUUAGAGUAAUCAGUCUUAUAACUUUAUAUGCUAUAUUAAAACUCUUCUGUAAUAUAUCCCUCCCUUGUUUUGUUUUAUUUUUAGUCCCACACUAUACACUUUAACCCGUAUUAUGAAUUGUAUAUUACAAAGUCAUAAAUGUGCCAUAAGGACAUAUAGUCUAUUCUAGUUGGAACCAUUUGACGUGUUAGUCUACUACACUUAAUUGUGAGGUUUUAUUUUGGUUUUCAUGAUAUAAUAGAUCUAAGCUUGUUGGCAUUAAAUUCAGUGAUUUGAUGAAAAUGUUUUGGUGGUACUUUUGUAAAUGGAUUGUCUCUAUAGCAUUAAGAACCAAGGCUAAAACUUAUCUAACCGUGAAAACUUAGGUUUGUAUAUUAAUCAUAUUCUAGAUUUGUGAACUGAGGGAGAAAGCGCUUGAACAAAAAUCAUGACAUUGAAGAAUUUCUUUAUGUAUUAGAUGUAAAGAUGAGAAAGUAGUGGUUGGUUUUAAAAUUUGGUAACUCCAUCAUGAAAAUAAAUUUAUUUUGUAAGUGUUCUGACUCCAAUAAAAUAUUCAUUUGAUAGUCUU